CUUGCUCAGGACAGUAUCACAAAGCCUUAGUGCCCGUCCUGUGCCCACAUCUUUUUGCCCUGUGCUCAGUGGAUUUAUACUGGAAUAGGGAGUUCAUGUCUGCGGUGGUGGAGCCAGGCCAGCGUUAUGCCAGCCAUAACCAUUACGGGACAAAGAGCAGUGAAAUCACAGAUGGGAUUUAUCUGGACACUGAAAGUGCAUACAGUGAUUCUGAGCUUUUCCCUGAUGAAGACAACAUGACAUUGGCUCAGAGAAACGGACAACAUGAGUCAGACCUGGAUAGCGCCAUUGAGAGCACCCAGAGCUCCGAGGCAUCUGAUGAAUGCAGAAGUGAUGAUAAAGCAGUUGUACUUAGUGGCCUUUUUCUUCCAGGAGACCAAAAUCUUCUGAACCCAUCAGCUGCUUCAGACUUCUCAACUCACUCCACAGCCUCUUUAAUCAGCAAUGAGGAGCAGUUUGAAGAUUAUGGAGAAGGAGAUGAUGCUGAUUAUACGCCCAGCAGCCCGUGUCCUGACGACGAGAGCAGAGCCAAUGCCUUCUCUGAUUUGGGGUCAUCUGUCUCAUCCAGUGCAGGACAAACCCCCAGAAAAAUGAGACACGCUUACAACAGUGAACUGCUGGAUAUGUACUGCUCACAGUGCUGCAAAAAAAUCAACUUACUCAACGAUUUGGAAGCCAGACUGAAAAACCUGAAGGCCAACAGCCCGAACAGGAAAAUAACAAGCACUGCAUUUGGCAGGCAACUUUUCCACAACAGUAAUAUCAGUAGCAGCAACGGCAGUACAGAGGACCUGUUCAGGGACAGCAUAGACUCCUGUGAUAAUGACAUAACAGAGAAGGUGACCUUUCUAGAGAAGAAGGUGACAGAGCUAGAGAACGAUAACCUGACCAAUGGGGAUGUGAAGAGCAAACUAAAGCAUGAAAACACACAGCUGGUGCAUAGGGUUAAUGAACUGGAGGAACUUUUGAAAGAUCAGGAGACCAGAUCAGAGCAAAUUUUAGAAGAAGAACUGAAACGCCAUAGAGAGACAUACAGCAAGCUGGAGAAAGAGAAAGGCACUGAGAUUGAACUGUUGAAUAACAGGGUUCAAGAACUGGAAGAAGAAAAUGAAGACCUUUUAACAUCAAUUGCUCGGCUAAAAUCACAGACAGAAAAAAUGGAUGAGGAAAGACAGCGAGUGUCCGAUAAGCUGGAAGAUACUAGUUUACGGCUGAAAGACGAGAUGGAUUUGUACAAGAGAAUGAUGGAUAAGUUGCGACAGAACCGACUGCAUUUCCAGAAGGAGAGGGAUGCCACACAAGAGCUGAUUGAAGACUUACGGAAAGAAUUAGAGCACUUACAGAUCUACAAGCUGGAGUGCGAGAGGAAUGGAAGGGGGCGAAACUUGUCUGCCAGUCUGAGCGAGUUUAAUGCCAAGACCAGAGAAACAGAACUAGAACAUGAAAUCAGAAAACUAAAACUGGACAACCAGAAACUUCGGGACCAGAAUGAUGACCUCAAUGGACAAAUUCUUAGCCUCAGCUUGUACGAAGCAAAAAAUUUGUUUUCCACACAGACUAAGGCACAGUCGCUGGCUGCAGAAAUAGACUCUGCGUCUAGGGAUGAGCUGAUGGAAGCUUUAAAAGAACAAGAAGAAAUCAACUAUCGUUUACGACAGUAUAUGGACAAAAUCAUCUUAGCCAUUUUGGACCAUAAUCCUUCUAUAUUGGAAAUCAAGAAUUAACUUUUCUCCAACACUGAUUGGGGAGACAGCAAAUAUUUCUACACAAGCUACUCUGGAUCUCUUCUACUGUGACGACAGUUUAUAAAUAUAGUUUUAUAUAUUUACACUCCGGGGUGUACCAGUGUGUUUGUGUUGCUUUGAUGAACUUGUUUGUUAAUUCUUUGUUUUUGUUUGUGAACUACAAUUUGCUUUGUCUCAUGCUCUCGUGAGCCAAUGACUCACAUUUGCUGCUGUUCUGUAGGAGGCUAUAACUGGAAGAUAUGGAUUUUCUGGAUCCAAAAUAUGACUCUACCUCUUGGAAUUCAAAGUCGGAACUGAGUUUGGAAGUAUAAGCUUUUUGGAUGGUCAGCAUUUUUAACUUGUUAGACUUAUAGUCUGGUUAUUAAAUCUUAGGUAAAUGGCUGUAUAGUUGAGGCAAUUGACCUUCAAUUGUGCCAAAUGGGCAAACAUUUUAAGGCUUUUCCUGUGUAGACAGGUGGGGUCAAUAUUACCAAGGCAACCUAACUGCUUCAAUUCAUGGAUAGUCUGCAUAGUUUAUAUAGGUCCUAUAUGCAGCAUUAUAUACUAACAGUUUCUUCCUUAGAGCAGAAAUGUUCAACUGUCCUUUAUCACAUAAAAUGUUUGGACAAGAAGUAUAAGACUGGCCCAGGCUAGGCAGUGCUGGGUGGAACUUAGUUUGUCUGAGAAUGUGACCAUAUGUGAACGGGAGGGGUUUAGUUGAACUUUGACAGGGUUCAGAGGUCUAAUUUCUCUUCUAAAGAAAUCUGGACAUAAAUAGGGAAACCGAAGUAGUAUGAGUGACAUCAGAAGAGAGCUCUAUAGCUGAUGACCUGUUACAGUUUUCAGGAGCUUUAGAUUUCAAUAGAAAAAAAUAUAAAACAUAAAAUAAAAUAAUUUUUAGCAUAUAAUGCUACAUAUAGGUACUUGAGAAUUAUUUAUAACUGAACUAAUUUUUUAAUUAUUCACUCACAGAAAAUUUACUCCCCAAAAGCUUAAAUUACUGUUUAGGUUUAUUUUCUCAAAAAAAUUUUUUUUAUAAAAAAUACUUCCAAAUUGUAAUGCUAAAUAUUAAAAUAUUUUUUGUUAAAUGAUUUUUUAUAAUUUGGUUACGUAUUAGUUUAUUUAAAGCUGAGAAUAUUGUAUAUGGCUCUGUUAGAUACAGACAAAAAUGCAAAUUCAUUAGGCUGCAUACAUAGCAAAAGAGAAAAGUUUAGAUCAGUUUUAUAUUUUUUUGUGGAAAAAAUGGAUAUGUAAAAAAUAAUGGUACUGCUUAUUUCUUCCAUGAAAAGCUUUUUUAAUUUUUUUUAUUUUUACCAUGAAACACAUUUUUUCUUUAGUUUAUAAAAAUUUCAAGACAAUACAAAAUAUGAAACAGUGGCAAAAAAAAAUAUUUUUUUUCAAAACUAAUGUAAUACUUUUGAUAAAAAGAAAAUCACAAAUCAGAGCGAAACCCCCCAAAACAUUUAAAAUAUAGAGGACAAAUACAUUAUGAAGAGAUUUUUUUUAUCUAAAUUCUAUUCUUUUUUUCUAUGCUAUUUUUGCUAGUACCAUUUUAUAUUUAAUUUCCAAAAGAGUUUACAAUGUAAGCUACCACAAUGUGUAAACAAUAAGUUAAUGCUUAAUGGGGAGAAAAAAAUAAAUUAUUAAAAUGAAUACUUUGAAAAAUGUUUUCUAUUAAAAAAAAAUAAAAAAUUAUUUUUUAUUUUUAUGUGUCGACAUGACACAAUUCCUGUACUAAGACACCUUCAAUAAUUAGGUUUCUGCAAGUCAUAUUGGGAAAUCUUUAAACAAUGUGUAUAUAGGCAGUAUGUGUUGCACUUCCAGUAUGUUUAAAUACUGAAUGUAAGUAGGCGUUUACAUGAUUUUCUGUAGCUGUAUUGCACAGUUUGUAUUGAUAUUGUGCAUGAAUUUAAGUUCCUGUUAUUUGUGCCUUCAACCUUUACAUCACAUUUUGAUAUAUUUUCCAUUAAGCGUUUAUCAACAUUUUUCACUAUGCUGUAAAUGUGUAAAUAAAUUAGAGAUUUGUAUUCUUUGUGCCACAUCUAUUAUAAUAAUUAUUUAAGAAAAAAAAAAUCUGUAUUUUUACAGAUUUUUUUAACAUCACAAAUCUGGUAAAAUUACAAGGUGUAUGUGUUUUGAUGACAUCACUGAUGGCAAAAUGAAAACCUUUAUACCUGUUAGUGCAGUUGCUGCUUUGUGAUGAUGAGAGUAAUCUGUAUUGUAAAUUGUCUUAAAAAAUGUAUAUUAUUUUUUUCUGGGUUUAUCUAAUUGUGUACCUCUUUGAAUGGUGGAAUAUUUCCUGAUGUUACAUGUUACUUGGGUAAAACCAUGUCCCUAAAUCACUUUAAAGAAAUACAAUAUAUAAUUUUCAGAAUACUGUUAAUUUUUCCAUAAUGGUUGUUGGUGGAAAAUGUUUGCAUUGAGACUUUUCUCUGUAUAUAAGACCAGACGCCUUGCAUACUCACGUGCCAGAGCUUCUGUGUUUCCUGACAAUGGCUCCACAUCUAUAACUCUGGAGUACUUAGCUAUCUAUAAUAACUAUAGAGAAGUAUCCAGUUUUCCGAAUUUCGUGGAAUAUGAAAGUAAUUUCGGCCGACGAAUGAAGUUUACACAAGAUUUGGCUACUGGAAUUAAACAGAAGUGUACAUAUAACACAUUUUCUACAAACCCCCAACAAAGUAGUGAAAUUAUUGGAUAAUAAUAAAGCCAGACAGAUAGCUCAUUGUGCUAAGGCACUGUUACAGAGAUCUGUGGCAACCCAUGGGUUGCAGGUUCAAUUCUGGCAUGGUCCCCUCAGCCUUUCAUCCUUCUGAGGUUGGUAAAAUGAGUAGCGUUGGGUAGUAAUAAUACCUGUUAUCAGUUCCACAAGUCGUUUGAGGUUGUGUGCUAUACAGGUAUUUAUUUUUAUUAUUAAAGUUGUAGAAUAAUAACUUGGGGGCAUGGUUUCCUAAAAACAAAGCAAUACUCUAUUUGUUCUUAUCUUUUAUAAACAUCAUAAACAUACUGGCGGCCAAUUUUUACUCACGACAUAUAGUGCAACAGCUUUCACAUCCAGGUGUUUUUCUUUACUUAGAUAUAAUCUGCUGAAUUAGAAGUAAUUUAAAUAUUGGAAAUAUAAGGAUAUUAAAAACUAAGUUUUUAUAACGGAGAGCUUGAUGGGGAAUGGAUAUGACUGCCUUACUCUUCUGAUUACGUUGCAUUCUGUAAUAAUUGCCUGUAACUGUAGGACGUAUUACAAACCAUGAUCAUGUUAUUCCUUAAUUACAUUGUAUUGAAUGUUCUUUUUAAAGGGAUACUAAACCCACAUGAUUGAGAUAGAGCAUGCAAUUUUAAGCAACUUUCUAAUUUACUACCAUUAUCAAUUUUUCUUCGUUCUUUUGCUAUCUUUAUUUGAAAAAGAAGGCAUCUAAGCUAAGGAGCCAGACAAUUUUUGGUUCAGACCCUGGACAGCACUUGUAUAAUGGUGGUUGCAUUUAGCUACCAAUCAGCAAGCACAACCCAGGUCGUGGACCAAAAAUGAGCCGGCUUCUAAACUUAAAUUCUUGCUUUUAAAAUAAAGAUAGCAAGAGAAUGAGGAAAAAUUGAUAAUAGGAGUAAAUUAGAAAGUCGCUUAAAAUUGCAUGCUCUAUCUGAAUCAUGAAAGAAAAAAAAUGUGGGUUCAGUAUCCCUUUAAGGGUGUUAACACAUACAGUACUUAUCAAACCCACUCUUGUUAUAUCUAUCUAUCUAUUAUUAUUAAGCCACACAAUAUCAAAUACAUUCUAGAUGGAAUAACGUAUCAAAACAAAGCUUUGCUCCAUAUUUUUGCAUUAAAAAGUUUAAGUAUGAAUUGAUAUUGAACUAAUAGAAAAUCAUGUUUGUGUGCAAAUGAUCCCUAUAAACAACUUGUUGUUAAUGACAGCUCCCCAAAGCUCUCCAUAGCAGAAACAUCUAUUUUUAUGUUAUUAUUUUUGUUUUUAAAUCUCUAAGGCGCAAAAAAAGACCCAAAGAUAAAUACUAUUGUUUUUAUUUUUCUGAAAAUAUGUAACAUGCAUACAAUACACAAGUUUGAUAUAUAAAUGUAAAUCUACUAAAAAGUUAAUAUUUGCUGAAAAUAAAAAAAAACUUGAAAACUCAAAUGUAACAAAAAUGACUUAAAAACUUUUUAGUACACUGGAUUCUUUGUUUAAUUUCAAAUGUGUCUAUUGUUAUGACUGUUAUGAUGAAUGUACCUAAAUAUUGAAAGAUACCUGGAAGGCUGUAGUAAUUUUAAUUAGAAAAAUAACACUUAAAAUAUUGAUUUUCUUUUGACUUUAUUGUAAUUCCAGAUGUAACUCCAGAAUGUCUCACAUAUUUGUGUAAUUUAUUUUUUUAUUUUAUUUUUUAUUUGUUUAUUAAAAGGCUUAAUUUCAAUUAUCGUUUGAUUCCAACACCUACGUAACAAUAUAAAUUGUGGAGACAUAAAUUAAAUUGUUGCAUGUAACUUUUUUUUUUACUGGAUAAAUGGUUAUUCACUCUCAAUUUAUGACGACCCCAAAGGUUUAUUCUAGUAAUUUGUGUAAAUAAAUCAUCUGAUUUUUCUGCAUGAAAAA